AUGGCCGCCGCCGGCGCCCGGCGCAGCCCCGGCCCCGGCUUGGGGCUCCGGGGGCGGCUGAGGCUCGGCUUCCACCCGGCGCCGCCGCCGCCGCUGCUGCUCCUCCUGCUCCUGCUGCCGCCGCCGCCGCUGCUGGCCGGCGCCACCGCCGCCGCCUCGCGGGAGCCCGACAGCCCCUGCCGGCUCAAGACCGUCACGGUGUCCACGCUGCCCGCUCUGCGGGAGAGCGACAUCGGCUGGAGCGGCGCCCGCGCCGGGGCCGGGACUGGGACCGGGGCCGGAGCUGCCGCCGCCGCCGCCGCCGCCGCGUCUCCGGGCGCCGCCGGCUCCACGGGCACUGCCGCCGAGUCGCGCCUCCUGCUCUUUGUGCGUAACGAGCUGCCCGGGCGCAUCGCGGUGCAGGACGACCUGGACAACACCGAGCUGCCCUUCUUCACCCUGGAGAUGUCGGGCACCGCGGCGGACAUCUCCCUGGUGCACUGGAGACAGCAGUGGCUGGAGAAUGGCACCUUGUACUUCCACGUCUCCAUGAGCAGCUCCGGGCAGCUGGCCCGGGCCACCGCCCCCACGCUCCAGGAGCCCUCUGAGAUUGUAGAGGAGCAGAUGCACAUUCUCCACAUUUCCGUGAUGGGCGGUCUCAUUGCGUUGCUGCUGCUGCUGCUGGUGUUCACCGUGGCGCUGUAUGCCCAGCGGCGCUGGCAGAAACGUCGUCGCAUCCCGCAGAAGAGCGCCAGCACGGAAGCCACGCAUGAGAUCCACUACAUCCCGUCGGUGCUGCUGGGUCCCCAAGCCCGGGAAAGCUUCCGCUCCUCCCGGCUGCAGGCCCACAAUUCCGUCAUCGGCGUGCCCAUCCGGGAGACCCCCAUCCUGGAUGACUAUGACUAUGAGGAGGAGGAGGACCCACCCCGGCGGGCCAACCACGUCUCCCGGGAGGACGAGUUUGGCAGCCAGGUGACCCACACGCUGGACAGCCUGGGCCGACCAGGGGAAGAGAAAGGGGACUUUGGGAAGAAAGCAGCAGCUGAGGCGUCGCAGGACACAGUGGAAUCCCUGAUGCAGAAGUUCAAGGAGAGUUUCCGUGCUAACACGCCCAUCGAGAUCGGUCAGCUGCAGCCGGCACCGCGCAGCAUCUCGGCAGGGAAGCGGAAGCGGAGGAGCAAGUCUCGAGGGGGAAUCAGCUUUGGGAGAACCAAAGGGAUGUCGGGGUCAGAGGCAGACGACGAGACGCAGCUGACGUUCUACACGGAGCAGUACCGCAGUCGUCGCCGCAGCAAAGGUUUGCUGAAAAGCCCAGUGAACAAGACGGCCCUGACGCUGAUUGCUGUGAGCUCCUGCAUCCUGGCCAUGGUGUGUGGCAGUCAGAUGUCCUGUCCACUCACGGUGAAGGUGACUCUGCAUGUGCCUGAGCACUUCAUUGCAGACGGGAGCAGCUUUGUGGUGAGUGAAGGGAGCUACCUGGAUAUCUCCGACUGGUUGAACCCAGCCAAGCUGUCCCUGUAUUACCAGAUCAAUGCCACUUCCCCAUGGGUGAGGGACCUCUGCGGACAGAGGACGACAGAUGCCUGUGAGCAGCUCUGCGACCCAGAAACCGGAGAGUGCAGCUGUCAUGAAGGCUAUGCCCCAGACCCAGUUCACAGACACCUGUGUGUGCGCAGUGACUGGGGACAGAGUGAAGGACCUUGGCCUUACACUACACUUGAGAGGGGCUAUGACCUAGUGACGGGGGAGCAAGCCCCUGAAAAGAUUCUCAGGUCUACUUUCAGCUUGGGCCAAGGACUCUGGCUUCCUGUCAGCAAAAGCUUUGUGGUUCCUCCCGUGGAGCUGUCGAUCAACCCCCUGGCCAGCUGCAAGACGGACGUGCUCGUCACGGAAGACCCUGCAGAUGUCAGGGAAGAAGCGAUGCUGUCUACUUAUUUUGAAACCAUCAAUGACCUGCUGUCCUCCUUUGGGCCGGUUCGUGACUGCUCUCGGAACAACGGUGGCUGCACUCGAAACUUCAAGUGCGUGUCUGACCGCCAGGUGGACUCCUCAGGAUGUGUGUGCCCCGAGGAGCUGAGGCCCAUGAAGGACGGCUCUGGCUGCUACGACCACUCCAAAGGCAUUGACUGCUCGGACGGCUUCAACGGCGGCUGUGAGCAGCUCUGCCUGCAGCAGACACUGCCGCUGCCCUACGACGCCACCUCCAGCACCAUCUUCAUGUUCUGCGGUUGUGUGGAGGAGUACAAGCUGGCUCCUGAUGGAAAAUCCUGCCUAAUGCUCUCAGAUGUCUGCGAGGGCCCCAAGUGCCUCAAACCUGACUCCAAAUUCAACGACACCCUCUUUGGAGAGAUGCUACAUGGUUACAACAACCGGACCCAGCAUGUCAACCAAGGCCAAGUCUUCCAGAUGACCUUUAGGGAGAACAACUUCAUCAAGGACUUUCCUCAGCUGGCCGACGGGCUGUUGGUGAUCCCGCUGCCGGUGGAGGAGCAGUGCCGGGGGGUCCUCUCCGAGCCCCUCCCGGACCUCCAGCUGCUCACUGGAGACAUCAGGUAUGACGAGGCCAUGGGUUACCCCAUGGUGCAGCAGUGGCGGGUCCGGAGCAACCUCUACCGUGUGAAACUCAGCACCAUCACCCUCUCAGCAGGCUUCACCAACGUCCUCAAGAUCCUGACCAAGGAGAGCAGUCGGGAGGAGCUUCUGUCCUUCAUCCAGCACUACGGCUCCCACUACAUCGCAGAGGCCCUCUAUGGCUCUGAGCUCACCUGUAUCAUCCACUUCCCCAGCAAGAAGGUCCAGCAGCAGCUGUGGCUCCAGUACCAGAAAGAGACCACAGAGCUGGGCAGCAAGAAGGAACUCAAGUCCAUGCCCUUCAUCACCUACCUCUCAGGUCUGCUGACAGCUCAGAUGCUGUCAGAUGACCAGCUCAUCUCAGGCGUGGAGAUCCGCUGUGAGGAGAAAGGCCGCUGUCCGUCUACCUGCCACCUUUGCCGCCGACCAGGCAAGGAGCAGCUGAGCCCCACACCAGUGCUAUUGGAAAUCAACCGUGUGGUACCACUUUACACCCUCAUCCAAGACAACGGCACCAAGGAGGCCUUCAAGAGUGCACUGAUGAGCUCCUACUGGUGCUCAGGGAAAGGGGACGUGAUCGAUGACUGGUGCAGGUGUGACCUCAGCGCCUUUGAUGCCAGUGGGCUCCCCAACUGCAGCCCCCUCCCGCAGCCAGUGCUGCGGCUAUCGCCAACGGUAGAGCCCUCCAGCACCGUGGUCUCCUUGGAGUGGGUGGAUGUUCAGCCAGCUAUUGGGACCAAGGUCUCUGACUAUAUUCUGCAGCACAAGAAAGUGGAUGAAUAUACAGAUACGGACCUCUACACAGGAGAAUUCCUGAGUUUUGCCGAUGACUUGCUCUCUGGCCUGGGCACAUCUUGUGUAGCAGCUGGUCGAAGCCAUGGAGAGGUCCCUGAAGUCAGUAUCUACUCCGUCAUCUUCAAGUGUCUGGAGCCCGACGGUCUCUACAAGUUCACUCUGUAUGCUGUGGAUACACGAGGGAGGCACUCAGAGCUCAGCACAGUGACCCUAAGGACAGCCUGUCCACUGGUGGAUGACAACAAGGCAGAAGAGAUAGCUGACAAGAUCUACAAUCUGUACAAUGGGUACACAAGUGGAAAAGAGCAACAGACUGCCUACAACACACUGAUGGAGGUCUCAGCCUCGAUGCUGUUCCGAGUCCAGCACCACUACAAUUCUCACUAUGAGAAGUUCGGCGACUUUGUCUGGAGGAGUGAAGAUGAACUGGGGCCCAGGAAGGCCCAUCUGAUCCUACGGCGGCUGGAAAGGGUGAGCAGCCACUGCUCCAGCCUCCUGCGAAGCGCCUACAUCCAGAGCCGCGUGGACACCGUGCCCUACCUUUUCUGCCGCAGUGAGGAGGUCCGGCCUGCGGGUAUGGUGUGGUACAGCAUCCUCAAGGACACCAAAAUCACGUGCGAAGAGAAGAUGGUGUCCAUGGCCCGAAACACGUAUGGGGAGUCCAAGGGCCGGUGAGGGAGGGCACCGCCCUCUGUGAGCACAGAGACUCUCCGUGGUAGGGGGAGCAGUACUCUCGUGGAUCUUGGGGCCUGGGUGGGCUAGGGAACAACUGAGGAUGGGCCUGGCAGAUGAGGCUUGCCAGCAAGGCCAAAGCAAACUCUUUCUCUUGUGGAUAGCUGACAGAGAACUUUGUAACCACUGGAAUUAUCCAUUUUUCUCUACUUUUAUUUUUUCUAAGGUAUUAUUUGACUCUAUCAAAGUCUCUCCCUUUUAAACUUUUUUCUUAUGGAUGGCGGUCAAACUCGAGGCAGGAGUUUUCAGGUGGAGACCAAGCGGCCUUUGCUCUUCUUCCUUCCUCCUGCCACACUCAACUUCCUUCCUGCCAUGGACCCCUGGAAGAGACCUCUGGAGAGACAAUUGGACCUCUUCAGCAUCAGGAAGGAGGCCCCGAGGAUUGUUGCAGUGAGGAAGCUUGGGUCUUUAGGACUUUUUUUUUCCCCCAGACAUUAUUGAGUUUGCAGGAUCCCUGCCUCUUCCUGCUACCUGUGGGUCUGCCCAGAGUCCCUGCAGGACUUUCCAUGCAUUAAAAAUUCCUAUUGUCUCUCUUUCUGCUUGGGUAGUGUUUCUUACCAAAGGGGACCUCUGGUUAUUCACUCAACAAAUAUUUAUUGAUUAUCUACUAUAUACCAGGCAGUGGGCAUGCAGCUAAAGAGAGAGAUGCUCCCUGCCCUCAGGGAACUUACAGUCUAAUGGAAAUUAUAGAGAAGCAGUCUGGUGAUUUCAGACUAUAGUAGGAGAAGAGUUCUUUGAACUCAAUUGUCAUGAGACAAACUGGAAGGGUUCUGAAAUGCUUUCUUGAAAAAGUGAUGCCUAAACCCAAAGGAUGGGGAGGAAUAAGCCAGACAGAGUGAGGAAAGAUGGGAUUUGUUCCAGGCAGAUGUGACACCAUGAGCAAAAGCCCAGAGAUAAGAAAAUAUAACUUAUCAAGGGCUGAGAGCACUUUUCUUGAGAAUACAGAUUGAAGUAGGAAGUAGCCAGAGGUAUGACUGGAAGCUAGGCAGAGCAUUGGAAGCCUUGGACAAAAAGUUUGACAGUAUUUGAAGUAACUGAGAGCCACUGUGGAAAGUUAGCAAGGGAGUAAAAUAGCCAACUUUCUCUUUAAGAAAAACCAUUCAAGCUGCAGGUAGAGGUGGGACUUGAGAAAGCCCAAAAGAGGGUGACUAUUCUCAUUUUCCAAGCAAGAAAUGAUGGCAUUUUGGAUCCUGAGGUCACUGGGGACACAUUCUGCCAUUGCAGUGUCCUUUUAAAUGGCAAUUAUGCUGCUUCCAGUGUGUUACCUGGGAGAGUAAUGAGUACAAAGAGGCAUUAUAGAUUCUUCACGUCCUGGCAAUAGCUCAGAGAGGCUAGCUUGCUAGAGGAGAUGGGAUGUGGGUCAGUUAUUUCAUAAUGCAAGGAUGAUGCCUGUUAAAGAGAUUAGUGCACUAUGGGAACUCAGACAGGGAAAGAUACUGAUAUCAGUAAAAUGUAAGCAGUUGAAAAUAUGCCUACUUCUCAAUUUCGAUGUGUGCUGAUGAGAUCAACAAUCUCAUUCCUGAAAAGCUACAUGCUGAGUUUUUUUUUCCCCCCAGGACUCUAAUCCACGUAGGGAAACGCAGCAGAGGGACAUUCUUCCAAACAACUCAGAUGCCUAGAGAUCUGCUCAGCUUCAACAAUCUAAGCUCAAAGGUGCUCUUUUAAGAAGUUUUAUUGUUAUUGGAUUUACAUUUCUGCAAGUAUGUAGGUGGAAUUUAGAUGGAUAAAUUCCCCCCUCAGUAUUGAUGACCCUUCUCCCAGGGAUAGUAUAUUCAGAAAAGAACCAACAUCUUACAGAAAAAAAAAAAAAAAAAAAAAA